AUGCAUCUCCACAAUCUCGCCGUGGCUGUGGGCGUUCUGGCGUCCGUACCCAUCAGCCACGCCGUCUCGGGGAAGAGCUACACGGGCUGGGACUGCUGCAAGCCUGCCUGCGCCUGGCAGGCGAAUCUUAAAGGCGUGCAAGGCGCGCCUAAAGUGUGCGACAUCAACAACAACCCACUGGCCAGCAGCAACGGGCUCAAGGCCCCCUCGGGGUGCACCACCGGCGGCACGGGCUUCCUCUGCGACUCGUACGUGCCGGUGCCGGUGAGCGACAAGCUGUCGUACGGCUUUGCGACGGUCGGCGACGCGGCCAACUGCUGCAAGUGCUACCAGCUCACGUGGACGAGCGGCGCCGCGCGCGGAAAGCAGAUGGUCGUGCAGGCCCUCAACAGCUUCCCGCCCGGCGCCGACGUCAAGGCCGCCGACCUGGUCAUCCUCACGCCCGGCGGCGGCAGCGGCGGCAACGACGCCGGCUGCCGUAACCAGUAUGGCAAGAACUGGGGCGACAGCGGCGGCGGCGUGAAGACGGGCACCGAGUGCGCCAACCUGCCGCAGAACCUGCAGGGCGGCUGCUACUGGCGCUACAACUGGGCCGGCGGCGCCGUCAACACCUGGGGCAUCGACUACAAGCAGGUCGAUUGCCCUACGCGGCUGACGUCCAUCUCGGGGUGUGCUGCCUGA